GAAUAGCCUCAAUCUCAGCAUACAAAGAAGAUUAUUUUGAUAAUGGGCGAACUGGUCCCUGCAUCAGUUCAACAUGGUAGUCCUAGUAUCCCCCUCGCUGGCUCUUACACCCAGCCACUCGGAGCUCCUCAACCGCCAAACGAGCCUCAUGCUAUAAGUGUCUCCUUGCCCACCUGGGAAGCUGUGACUGCCGUAAUGGCAGGCGCAGACUGGGCUAUUAGCCAACUACAAACCAGCUAUCCUAGAUUCGAUGUUCAUAAUCGUGUGAAAGAAUUGCAUGACGCCGUUCUGGCUAGAUUUAAGCACCCGACGCAGACGGUGUGCCGAGCGUUUCCAUCCUCUGAAGCCGCCGAGCGUUUUAUUUCAAGAUUAAAAAGAGCAGAUCCUUCAUUUCCUGUGCAUACGGCUCGGUUCCAUCUGCCUUCUGACGCAGCUCCAGAUAUGGCAAAAUGGGCAGCGUUCUCAGUCGUAUUAUUCCAUGAAAGCCUUGAAGGCGUGGCGUACGAGUUCUGGGAAUGGUUUGGGGACGGCAUCUCCAGCAGACAUGCGGAGUUCUGUUUAUAUCAAUUCCUCUUCCUAAAUUCUGAAUCAGAUCAGUCUGAAUAUUGGACCGUGGGCCCAGAAUCCCAUAAUUUGAGUGCGAUGACCCUUUCAGAGUGGAUUGACAAUGCUACAUCAUACAAGACAGCUAUCAAGUCGAGGCUUAUCAGCUCAGCAAGGUCAGCGGAUCCAGCCAUAAAACCCAUUGGGAAUGGCGAUGUUUUCCUCUGUGCAACUGGAAUGGCUGCAAUCAGCGUCAUUGCCCGCACGCUCGCUCGGACAUCGGAGGACUCUGGAGCUGUGGUGUACGGAUGGCCGUACUCUGGUACUCCCCACUGCGUGCAAGGCUGUGGAUUCAAGCGGUACAUCAUGUACGGUCACGGCUCGAAGGAGGAUCUCGAUUCGUUCGAGUCCUUGCUGGUUUCAGGGAUCCGGUUCACAGUACUGUUCUGCGAGAUUACGUCCAAUCCUCAGUUGUCCACGCCGGAUUUGCAUCGUAUCCGAGAUCUUGCCAACCGAUUUGGCUUCGUCGUCGUGUGUGAUGAUACAAUCGGCACGUCCGUCAAUGUAGAUAUCUUGCCAUAUGUCGAUGUCAUCAUCACCAGCUUGACCAAGAUCUUCAGCGGUGCAGGCAAUGUCAUGGGAGGGAGUAUCAUGACCAACCCCAACUCCAAGCACUACAGCACUCUCACCGCCCUUCUAAGCACAGCCUACGAGGAUCUUUACUUCCCUCUCGACGCAAAGACAAUUGCGCACAACUCGUCCGACUUCGCAGCCCGCGUCCACAAAUGCAACGAGACCGCUCUGCAGAUUGCCAAUUUCCUCGAGUCCCACCCAGCAGUCAAAUCUGUCAACUAUCCCACCAUGGUCCCCACCGCGCCCCUGUACGAGCGGUAUCGCCGCCCCGAGGGCGGCUACGGAUUCCUCCUCAGUGUCAUCUUCCACGAGCCCGAGAGCGCCAUGCUUUUCUACGACAAAUUGGAUGUGUGGAAAGGGCCCACUGUCGGGACGAAUUUCUCGAUUUCCAUUCCGUAUUCGGCACUGGCGCAUGCGAAAGAGCAGGAUUGGGCGGCGUCGCAUGCAGUCCCGAAGCAUAUUGUGCGUCUGAGCAUUGGAUUGGAGGAUUAUAGAGACUUGUCUGAGCGCGUGAGCCGGGCAUUACGAGAGGUAGAAAUGAGAGAGAAGAUGAGUUAGACCUGUAGUAUUGGAGUGGGCCUACUCUGGGAGUACGGAAAACCUAAUUGUGUAACUAUCCAGUAUGUUACAUUACACUCAGUACUAGAGUCGUAAGGUAAAUUUGAGUGUGUAUUUUCCAUCA